AUGAAGCUGGUAUCCAAUCACGCAGCAAAGCAGCCACAAAACUUAAGCCAGGCGCACGGCGCAGAUCUCCAGCCAGCCAGGCGCGCGGCGCAGAUCUCCAGCCAGCCAGGCGCGCGGCGCAGAUCUCCAGCCAGCCAGGCGCGCGGCGCAGAUCUCCAGCCAGCAAGGCGCGCGGCGCAGAUCUCCAGCCAGCAAGGCGCGCGGCGCAGAUCUCCAGCCAGCCAGGCGGGCGAUGCAGAUCUCCAGCCAGCUAGGCGCGCGGCGCAGAUCUCCAGCCAGCAAGGCGCGCGGCGCAGAUCUCCACAGUCAGCAAGGCGCGCGACGCAGAUCUCCAGCCAGCCAGGCGCGCGGCGCAGAUCUCCAGCCAGCCAGGCGGGCGGCGCAAAUCUCCACAGUCAGCAAGGCGCGCGGCGCAGAUCUCCAGCCAGCCAGGCGCGCGGCGCAGAUCUCCGCAGUCAGGCGCGCGGCGCAGAUCUCCAGCCAGCCAGGCGCACGGCGCAGAUCUCCAGCCAGGCGGGCGGCGCAGAUCUCCAGCCAGCCAGGCACGCGGCGCAGAUCUCAGCCAGGCGCGCGGCGCAGAUCUCCAGCCAGGCGCGCGGCGCAGAUCUCCAGCCAGGCGCGCGGCGCAGAUAUCCAGCCAGGUGCGCGGCGCAGAUCUCCAGCCAGGCGCGCGGCGCAGAUCUCCAGCCAGCCAGGCGCGCGGCACAGAUCUACAGCCAGGCGCGCGGCGCAGAUCUCAGUCAGGCGCGCACAUCAUAA